CCCCACCUCUCAGUCCUCACCCUGCCCCCUCCAUUCGCCCCCCUCCCGCCGACCAGAGAGGCAGCUCGCCGCCGACGAGAUCUGAGAGCUCCGGAGGCCGGAUCCCGGCCGCCCAAAGGAAGGCGGAGAUGAAUCUGUUUCGGCUCGCCGGGGACAUGACCCACCUUGUCAGCGUGGUGGUGCUGCUCCUCAAGAUCCACACCAUCAAGUCGUGCGCAGGCAUAUCUCUGAAGACGCAGGAGCUAUACGCACUAGUUUUUGCAGCUCGCUACCUGGACCUGUUUGUGCAUUUUGUAUCUUUGUAUAACACCGUCAUGAAGCUGGUCUUCCUGGCGAGCUCUUUCUCAAUAGUAUGGUACAUGAGGAAGCAUAAGAUCGUGCGGAGGACCUAUGACAAAGAGCACGAUACCUUUCGUCAUCAUUUCAUAGUGCUGCCAUGUUUGGUUCUGGCUCUCCUCAUUAAUGAGAGGUUUAUUUUUAGAGAGGUGAUGUGGGCAUUCUCGAUUUACUUAGAAGCUGUAGCAAUUCUGCCUCAACUUGUGUUGCUACAGCGCACAAGGAAUAUUGACAACUUGACCGGCCAAUAUGUCUUCUUUUUGGGUGCCUACCGCGUACUUUAUAUCCUCAACUGGAUUUACCGAUACUUCACUGAGCCCCAUUUUGUUCACUGGAUAAGCUGGAUUGCGGGUAUCGUGCAGACUAUGCUGUAUGCUGACUUCUUCUACUAUUACAUAAUGAGCUGGAAGAACAAUGUGAAGCUAGAGCUACCAGCCUGAGCUUGCUGUUUCCUUCCAAGAUAGACUAGGUAUUAUGGCUUUCUUAACUUAAUGGAUAGACAGAACGGACAUGAAUCACAUGAUACAGAUGUGCAUUUUGGGGCCCCUGUUUUUUCUUGUUUAGUUCCAAUGUUUUCGGAGUGAAAGCUGGUGAGGGUGGCCUUGUAUCUUGUAAGGUAAGGUAAGGAGGUUGUGUACUUGUGAUACUGUUUAGAACUCGAUGAAGGUGCUGCUGCUGUACUCCCUUUGGUGCUCCCUUUGGUGAGUGUACACUGCUUAUAUGGUUAUACUUCGUAUUUCAUAA